CGUGGCUACAAAGUCAACACUCAGCAGGUUGAUCUCUUUCUCCAUGAGAAUGAUGGAUUAAUCUAAAGGUCCUUCGUGAGCAAUUGGAUUCUCUUUUUGGGGAUAUAUAUGUUGCUUAAUUGCUCCGAUCUUCCCUUAAUGCAUGUGCUAAUACCAAUAUUCUUGAAUCAGGUCAAUGGCUUCUUUCUGUAAUUCGUGGAAGAGAAAACACAAUGAGGCUAUAAAACUUUCAGAGGAGAUUGAUGGAAUGAUAUUAGAAAGAAGUUCAUUGGCGGAAACAUCAUCUUAUGCUCGAGGUCAUGCUUCAUAUAUGCGAAGAAAGAUCACCAUUUUGGCAAACGGAGUUCAGACUCUAAAGAAUCUUCUUGCUGAAAGUCAAGGAAAAUCUAUUUCAGCAAAAGAGAUGAGCCGGUGCAAGGAUAUGGUUGAGGAUCUGAGAUCAAAAGCAUAUCAGAUGGCCUCUGCUUUGGACAUGUUAAAAUUUUCCAAUAUUGGCAGCUUGUUGGGGCAAGAUGAUAUCAUGAGCAGAGUUAUUGACAUGGAUAACCAAGAAAUUGUUGGCUUUCAACGAACUACAAUGAAAGUACAAGACAAAGCACUUGAGAUGUUGGAGAAAGGAGUCAUGCAUCUAAAACGCGAGGCUCUAGCUAUGAAUAUGGAGCUUGGCUUGCAGACAAGGCUUAUCGAUCGCUUAGACCACCAUGUGGAUGUUAGUGCCUCUGACGUAGAGGAGUUGCAGAGGAGCAUCGAUACUGGUGUUUGCAUGACACUGCUAUUGUCAGUAGUGGUUGUGGUCUUCGGUCUUUCCGAGUUUGUCAAGUUUGGACGACGAAGGAUUUUAGGUUGAGUUACUUGGAAUGAUUAAGUUUUACUUGGUAAAUUUGCAUAUUGGUUUUGUUAUCUAUUUGGCACAGUAAUGAUCAUCACAAAGAGGAACUCCAUAGGGAUGGUCUUUUUUAUGAUCUGCUAUUUUGUGUGAUCAUUUGGAGUUUGAACUCUUUUGCACUUGUCUAUCCCCUGAUGUGCGUGUACUUCUCAUUCCUCUGAUUCCCCUUCUGUUGCAAGAACCCUUAAGAAGUAGAUGCAAAGUUUUCGCA